AUGUCACAAUCAUUAAAACCUUACCUUACGGCAGUUCGAGCAUCACUUACUGCUGCUAUAUGUUUAGAAGAUUUUUCUUCACAAUUAAUUGAAAGACAUAAUCGACCAGAAAUUGAAGUAUUACCUACUAGAAUCCAUAAUCCAGAAUUAAUUUUAAAUCCAAUGAUUAUUGCUCGUAAUGAAAAUGAAAAAAUUUUAAUUGAAUCAAGUAUAAAUUCAAUUAGAAUUCUGAUUAAAAUUAAACAAGCUGAUGAAAUUGAAACCAUAUUAGUUCAUAAAUUUACUCGAUUUUUAACUAGUAGAGCAGAAAAUUUUUUUAUAUUAAGAAGAACUCCUAUUAAAGGUUAUGAUAUAUCAUUUUUAAUUACAAAUUUUCAUACUGAACAAAUGGUUAAAGAUAAAUUAGUUGAUUUUAUUAUUGAAUUUAUGGAAGAUGUUGAUAAAGAAAUUAGUGAAAUGAAAUUAUUUUUAAAUGCUAGAGCUAGAAUUGUUGCUGAAUCAUUUUUAAUCCCAUUUGAUUAA